GCCUCAAAACGGAGCUAUGUGCGAGGAGAAAGUAUAUCAGUGAGAAAAAACGUAGCCUAGGGGGCACUUCGGAGCCAGAGACGGAGCUGGUGGAGCGCUGGGGCCGGGCAGCGAGAGACAAAGAGAAGGGAGGACAUGAGCAGAGGAAGCGGGGGAGAGCCGGGGAUCAGCUGAGCUAAAUCGGGCACGGGAAGCUCGUCCCGUCCGCACGGCCCCCGGGACUCGCAUAUCGAGAGGACAAAGCGGCGGCCGGCCCCAUGGGGAAGGGGGGUGAGAAAGGAGAGGAGUCCGGCGAGUGCAAGCCGCAGGUCCGCUUCUACACCUGGGAGGAGAUCCAGAAGCACAACCUGAGGACGGACAGGUGGCUGGUGAUAGAGCGGAAGGUGUAUAAUGUUACCCAGUGGGCGAAGAGGCAUCCGGGAGGCCAGCGGGUCAUCGGCCACUGCGCCGGCGAGGAUGCCACGGAUGCAUUCCAGGCUUUCCACAUCAACCCCAGCUUGGUGCAGAAGUUUCUCAAGCCAUUACUUAUUGGAGAGCUUGCUCCAGGGGAACCCAGCCAGGACCGAGAUAAAAAUUCCCAGCUGGUGGAGGAUUUUCGGACCCUGAGAAAGACAGCAGAGGACAUGAACUUGUUCAGAGCCAGUCCUUUGUUCUUCUCCCUUUACUUGGCCCAUAUCAUUGCAAUGGAAGCAUUGGCUUGGCUAAUGGUUUCAUACUUCGGUACCGGCUGGAUCACAACUCUAAUUCUUGCCUUCAUCCUUGCAACUUCCCAGGCCCAGGCAGGUUGGCUGCAACAUGACUUUGGACACCUCUCUGUCUUUAAGAAGUCUUCCUGGAACCACAUCGUCCACAAGUUUGUGAUUGGACACCUGAAGGGUGCCUCUGCAAACUGGUGGAACCAUCGUCACUUCCAACAUCACGCUAAGCCCAACAUAUUCAAGAAAGACCCAGAUGUGAACAUGCUGCAUGUUUUUGUCCUUGGAGAAAGUCAGCCUAUUGAGUAUGGCAAGAAGAAGCUGAAGUACCUGCCUUACAACCACCAGCACGAGUACUUCUUCCUCAUCUUCCCACCUCUGCUCAUCCCCGUGUACUUCCAAAUCCAAAUCAUCUCAACCAUGAUCAAGCGCAGGUUCUGGGCGGACCUGGCCUGGGCCAUCAGCUACUACAUGCGCUAUUUCAUCACAUACAUCCCAUUCUAUGGCAUUCUGGGAUCCCUGUCUCUCCUCACUUUUGUCAGGUUUCUGGAGAGCCACUGGUUUGUGUGGGUCACUCAGAUGAAUCACAUUCCAAUGGAAAUUGAUUGUGAGAAGCACAAAGACUGGCUUAGCUCUCAGCUGGCAGCCACCUGCAAUAUUGAGCAGUCGUUUUUCAAUGACUGGUUCACCGGACACCUGAACUUCCAAAUUGAGCACCACCUGUUCCCAACAAUGCCACGGCACAAUUUCUGGAAAAUCAAACCCUUGGUGAAGUCAUUAUGUGCCAAGUAUGGGGUCCAGUACGAAGAGAAGCCUCUUGGAAAAGCAUUUGUAGAUAUCGUUGGGUCACUAAAGAAAUCUGGAGAUUUAUGGCUGGAUGCUUACCUCCACAAGUGAACAUGAGUCUUAAUGGGGAGGUGUGAGUCACAGGGAGGGAUGGGGGUGAGGGGGGAAGAUCACACGUGUCUUUUACUAUCAGAAUUCAGUCUAUUUCUAUGUGCACAGUUUGAGGGGAGCUUCCUGUCUUGUGAACUGCUACUGGUGUGAGCUCAGGCAACCUGUUAAAUCCAGACAGAUGUAAAAUGUGCUGGGCAAAGCCUUCAGAGGACAAGACCCAAUGCACAAACAGAAGGGUGGGAGAGAACAGAGAGAAGUGUCUAAAAAGGAGACAUUUAGCAUCUGCCCUCCAUCUCCUUGCCGUUCACCCAUUCUUGCUCUGCCUAAAGCACACAAGCCCCUGAUUCACACACACAACUUAUUAGACUUCAGCAAGCCCAAGGACAAUCCUAGGACACCUGUGCCAGCUCUGCUGCAAGAACCUCAACCCACAGGGCCCAGCAGCCAUACGCUGCGGCUUUCAGUCCUGCCCAUAAGCAAAGCAUACUAAUUGCCAGUCAAUCCUGUGUAACCGCAAAUGGUUUUUUUCACCUGAGCAGAGCUUUGGCAACACCCAGUUCUACCUGUCUGCACACGCCUAGCAGAAACCAGGGCUGUUUCUAUCCUCAAGAGCCCUGGGCUGCAUGCCCUGCUCCUAAGACCCAUCAGCAAAGAAAAUGGGUUCCUCCUGGAGGAGGAGGAGCUCCCCAAGCACUCAGCCUGACCCCAGGCCCUGUGGCUGAAGGCGGAACUGACCAGGCUGUGCUGGUGAUGUGAAACCUCCCAUAGAAACACCUUACAAUUUCCUUGUAACUCUAUUCCCUGUCUAAUAGCCAAAACCCAUGAAUGGUUUGACCGGAGGAUAUAGUUGAACAGCUUCCAAUCGCUUAGUUAACAUGCAACACAAUCCCAAGCCCACUCCAGGUAGAUCAAGGUCUUUGGAUUCAGCUGUAAUACAGUGGAAGAGACAUUCUUUCCAAAGAAGAGCCAUAGUUUCAACAGCAGUGCUAGGUCCCAACAGCUUUUCUCAGCUCCAAACUCAUUUCCUAGUACAAAAGGGAUGCUCUAGUCAUUAGGGAAUUACUUUGCACGUAUCAUUGUGUUGCCCAACAUUGAAAUUGGAUCCUCGCAUUUGAACCUUCAAUGCCAAUAAAGCCCCACCAAAUUAGCAAGGUUCUGCAUGCAGAGACAAUUCCAGAGCUGUGGCAAUGCCCUCCCAACAAAAUAAGAAGUAUUGUCACCUCCCACUUUGGAAAACUGGUUGAGAUUUCUAUGCUUACAGACAGGAAAUUCAUAGGUAGGACUGUAACUUAACCUAGCUACUAAUACUUCAGAUUUAUGAAGGGCUUAUUUUUGUGUUCUUGCUCACCCCUCACCUGAAUAGCACAAUUAAUUGUUAGGAUUAAAAGCUACUCCAGGUUAUCUGAAGCUUGAGCAGAAUGUAAGCAGUUUUUAUAGUUGGUUUCUAACAGCACAAGCAGUGACGUCCUUCUGGAUGCUGUAACUUCUCAGACAGGUAGUAAUGGGCUAGUCCAGAAUUCUGACCAACACUGCUAAGAAUGCCUUAAAAUGUCCAUCUUUUUUUGACUCCUCUAAUGGGCAUUUUUCUUCCCAAGACCUUAGCACAAGAUACCAAAUAGAAGAAAGAGGGGACAGGAGAGAUCUUGAUAUUAGCUGUUUUCUAACUAUUUCCUCUUUCAGACCCUUGAAGACUCCCAUUUUCAUACGAAUUGUGCAGCUACUCAAAUCCAGAAAUAAAAUCUGUGUAAUGCUAUCCUAAGAAGUGAC